CUAUACUUUGGUUGGCAUGCGUUAUAAGCCUUUAAACUAAAAGGCAGCUUAAAGGCAAAAUUGUUAUUUCAUGUAGUACUAGUUCGAUGAGUAUAUAUAACGGGCAACAAUAUAGAUUAACACGUGUUAGACACAUCAACGAUUCAUGCAGAAGAUGAUGCUUUGGACGGUUCUUUUGUUAUAUGCUUUGAGUAACAAAGCUUGUGUUGUUGCUAUCGAGCAAGAAUCAAGCAAGGCGAAUGAUUUCCUUAUUGAAAAGUGGGGUAAAUGGUUUUAUUUAGAUGAUUUCAAUCAGGAUGGAAUACUGUCAUUGGAUGACAUUAAAAUGUUUGCUGAAAAUUAUAAAGCUCGUAAUGAGCUGAGCGAUAAGCAAUUGAAAACGAUCAAGCAAAAGAUGGAUAGACUGUGGAAGACAUUUUAUUUUACAAACAAGAAAGAAAUCUCCAAAGACGACUUUAUAAACAUGAUGAAACAAAGGUAUGAAUCCAACACAGCUGCUUUUAUUGAGAUGGUGCUUGUGUUUUCAACAAUUUGGUGCGAAGUGAUAGACUUGAAUGGAGACAAAUUUCUUUCAAAAGAUGAAUUCAUUCUGAACUUUGUUGCUCAAACGCAUAACAAUAUCCGAAAAGACGAGCAGUUUUUCUACACGUUUCAGCCAAUAAAUGAACGUGUUCCAAAUGAAGAUAUCAUAGCAUAUUUUGUUCGCUUUGGAACUGAGUCCAAUAGGUCAAAAUCGGACGUUGUCUUAAAUGCAGUUGAUUCCGGUGUUUAACUAACGAUUUUUUCUUUACAUAUUUCUUGUAAUUAAUUUGAAAUGUGAUAAUAA